CACGGCAGACGCCCCUGUCGGCUGUCCUUCUCUGUCCCAAUUGAACAGCCAAAACAGCUGUCAUUGAUUAUUCAUGGCGUUACCGCUAAUUCUCCGUCUUGGUAGUCAAUAUUGCGGAAAGCGAAUUAAAACAUGUAGAAGGAAAUUUUCAUCUGUCCCCUUGAAUCCCGUUUCAGGACUAAAUGUUUUUGAUUCAUUUUCUAAGAAAAAGUCGCCGCUUUUGACAAAGCAGCCAAAUGUUCUGACCUGGUACAUCUGUGGCCCAACUGUGUAUGACUUCGCUCACAUUGGCCAUGCAUGGUGCUACAUGAACUUUGAUAUUAUGAGGAGGGUUUUGGAGCAAUAUUUUAAUCUAAAUGUCAUUCAAGUUAUGAACAUAACAGACAUUGAUGACAAAAUAAUUCAAAAAGCCAUUGAUGAGAAACUUGAUUUCAAAGAAGUCUCCAGCAAGUAUGAAAUGGCCUUCUUAAAUGAUUUGGGUAGCCUUUCAGUUCAGAAACCAACGGUACUAACCAAAGUAUCUGACUUUAUUCCUCAAAUAAUAUCCUUCAUUGAAGCGUUACUACAUCGAGAGUUAGCCUAUACAACUAACGAUGGAUCUGUUUACUUCAACAUCAACGCCUAUGAAAAAAAAUAUAAAUAUGGAAAGUUAAAGCCGUUCCAGAUAUCAAUGGCGGAGUCGAAAAACUCGAAUAACAGUAACGAUUUUGCAUUGUGGAAAGCAGCCAAGUCUGACGCUGAACCUAGCUGGGCACCGAGUUGGGGUGGUAAAGGACGACCCGGUUGGCAUAUUGAAUGUUCUGCCAUGGCUAGUUACGUUUUUGGCUCAUGGGUGGAUGUCCAUUCGGGGGGCAUAGAUUUACUUUUCCCUCACCACGAAAACGAAGAAGCUCAAUGUUGCGCCUAUCAUGAAAUUCCCCAGUGGGUUGGACACUGGAUACAUAGUAAUCUUUUGCGUUUGUCCGGUGGCACGAAAAUGUCAAAGUCCUUGAAGAACACGGUUAGCAUCAAAGAAUUUUUGCAAACGUAUUCAGCAGAUCAGUUUCGUAUGAUGUGCCUAAUAUCCAGUUAUAGGAAUGACAUUGAGUUGACUGAGGCUUCUUUGAGGCUGGCGAAAGAUUUCUUGGAUGUCGUUCGUGUAUUUGUCACAGAAUGUCGGUUUUUUCUACGGAACAACACUGUGCUUCAGUCUUCGAUUAAUUCCAAAUUGUUGCUGACUACCUUAGUAGAAACUGAAUCAAUGGUCAAAAGUUACUUGGGAGACGAUUUCAAUACUGCCCAAGCCACCAGUGCUGUUAGAAAGUUGAUACUAUUAACUCGGAAAGAAAUUAAUAAUUCAAAUACCGUGAAUCGGAAAGCAACGGAUCACAAUCCUGGAAUCGCGGCUGUGGCUAGUGUACUGAACUUUGUAUCCAAAUACUUCAGUAAUCUUGGAUUAACUUCUGCCGUAGGGGAUUCGGUUGAUACCACGGAAACGGACGCAUCUUCGAUUAUUGAUAACUUUGUUGAAUUUAGAAGUCAAGUCCGCCAAUGUGCUUUAGACAUGAAGUCUAAUCAACAGGGAAAGGACGAUUCAGUUGAUGCAGUCAAUACUAGGAAAAUUUUACUAACUGCCUGUGAUCGAAUUAGGGACGAUUUGAAGCUUAAAGGAAUACAGCUAAAGGAUCAAGAGAAAACCACGACUUGGACAUUAAUGAGAUAGUCAUACAGCAUUUUGGAUUAUGAAUUCAUUUUUUGUUAACGGUCGAUCGUGCUGUGAGUCCAGCAACAAUACACAGCAGUGUUUAGAUCGA